AUGAGAGUUUCUGUUACCUCAAACCGAUUUCUCCUUUUCAUCAUCUUCACUGCAUGCUUAUGUAUAUACUUUGCUAAUCAAAAGAAAAAGACUUAUGAAAAUCAAGAUAUCCUGAAUAUAUCUUCAAGGUUUGAGAUCCCAAGCAGUAAGUACACCUCCAUAUUGGGUCCUAAACUUGAUAAGCUUCCUAAUCAAGAUGAUGUUAUAGAAUUAUUUCAAUUAUGGAAGAAAGAACAUGGGCGAGUCUACAGUGAUCAAGAAGAGAUGGAAAAGAAAUUUGAAACUUUUGUUUUAAAUUUGAAGUAUAUUGUAGAGACCAAUGCAAAGAGAGACUCACCUCAUAGCUCUCUUCUUGGUUUGACCGACUUUGCUGAUUUGAGCUUCACGGACUUCAAAGGAACUAUGGGAGUAUUUAGAGGUCAAAAGUGUCCGUUGGAUUCUUUAAAUACAACUCACGCCAUGGUUAUAGUGGGUUAUGAUUCUGUUGACAGCGAUGAAUAUUGGAUCGUGAAGAAUUCAUGGGGUACCCGUUGGGGAGAUAAUGGUUAUAUGUAUAUCAAAAGGAACACUGGUAAAAAGUAUGGAGUCUGUGCAAUCAAUGCAUGGGGUAGAUUACUAGUUAAAAAUAAUUGA